AUGCGACUAAACCUCAAUGAAGCGCCCGAAAACAAGGCGCUGGACAACUCAAAUGCUAUCAUUGAGGACGAAAUCAAAAAAGCUCGAGACAUUCAUGAUCAGGCUUCUGUCGAUUCAAAAGAGGCCGCAGGUAAGUGGAUUAAGCUCUUCAAGCGCUGGAUUUUUCUCGAUUUUUCUCGUGAGCAGAUACAAUUAAUCUUUCAUCGUGUUUUUCUCAAUGAAGAAGAAGUAUCGAAGUAUAUGACCUAUAUCGACAAGAUCGUUGGGAGGGAUCCUGGGCAUUCUUCGCCUCAUGAAAAUGUCAAGUAG